AUGAACGGCGAUCCUCUCUCGGCCUUCUACGGCGGCGAGCCCUCCUCGAGCCGACGCCGCAGCAGCCGCCGCCUCCUGCUGUCGUCAUCCCCUCCGGCGGCCGCCGAGGACAUGUCCAACUUCGACGCCAUGUUCGCCGGCGUCAGCCUCCGGUCCCUCUUGCUCGACGACCCCGUCGUCUCCUCAUCCCCUUCCCCUUUCUCCUCCUCCUCUUCUCCGUCCCCUCUCUGGUCGCCACUGCCGUCCCCGCUCUCUCCCUACUCUCCGAGUCCCGAGCAGCAGCUGCAGCUGCAGCAACAGCAGCAGCUCUCGUUUCGCUGCUCGCCGUCCCCUCUCAAGAUGCCCAAGCAAGAACCCGGUCAUGGCUUCCCCGACUUCGCUCCCGGUCCGUCUAGGUUUAACUCCCCCUCGCUCGCCUUUGCCGCCGCCGACGACUCGACCCUCUGCUUCCCCUCCACCGCUUGUCCGACCUCCUCCGCUCCCUCGAGGCGCUCCAAACGCAGCCGCCGCCGCCGUCGCCGCCGCAGCCGGCGGCAGAAGCGGGCCCCGGCCCGGCUCGCAAGCGCUCCCCGCCCGACCCAGAGAAGACGAAGCGGGCCAGAGAAAAGCGGAGGAAGAUAG